AGCUGAAGCCUGAAACACGUCAGCUGGAUCAUGCUCCACAACUACCACCCUACUCAACAACCUCCUGAGAGGAGGUGGGAGCAACAGGAGCUCCCAGCAAAGCCUCCUGCCACCAUGGUGCACUGGACAGCCGAGGAGAAGCAGCUCAUCACCGGCCUCUGGGGCAAGGUCAACGUGGAGGAAUGUGGCGCCGAGGCCCUGGCCAGGCUGCUGAUCGUCUACCCCUGGACCCAGAGGUUCUUUGACAACUUUGGGAACCUCUCCAGCCCCACGGCCAUCACCGGCAACCCCAAGGUCCGUGCCCAUGGCAAGAAGGUGCUCACCUCCUUUGGGGAAGCCAUCAAGAACCUGGACAACAUCAAGACAACCUUCUCCAAGCUGUCCGAGCUGCACUGCGAGAAGCUGCACGUGGACCCCAUGAACUUCAGGCUCCUGGGAGACAUCCUGGUCAUCGUGCUGGCCGCACACUUCACCAAGGACUUCAACCCUGCCUGCCAGGCUGCUUGGCAGAAGCUGGUCGGUGUGGUGGCCCAUGCUCUGGCCUACAAGUACCAUUAACCCCCCGGAGGAAGAUGUGUCUGUAACAGUCAAUAAAACCCCCACAUCUU